AUGACUGAUAUCUCUUCAAUCCUCCACGGUGGUUACCACCACCCGCUCUCUCGAACCUGGCAAGGGACCACCCAACUCACAAAAUCCAUGUUAAUCUACCCCCUCUUCAUAACCGACAACCCAGACGAAGAGACCCCCAUCUCCUCCCUACCAAACCAAUCCCGCCUAGGUCUAAACAAACUAGUCCCCUACUUAACCCCCUUAAUCGCCAAAGGUUUAAAAUCCGUAAUCCUCUUCGGCGUGCCCCUCGCCGAAGGUACAAAGGACAGUUGCGGAACCUCAGCCAACGACCCCACAGGUCCCGUGAUCUCAGCAAUCAAACUCCUAAAACGCGAGUUUCCGGAGUUAUUCAUCGUUUGUGAUGUUUGUCUUUGUGAGUAUACCGAUCACGGACAUUGUGGGAUCUUGAGAGAGGAUGGGACUUUGGAGAAUGAAGCUAGUGUUAAGAGGAUUGCGGAGGUGGCGGUGAGUUAUGCGAAGGCUGGGGCGCAUUGUGUGGCUCCAUCGGAUAUGAUGGAUGGGAGGAUCAAGGGGAUUAAGUUGGGAUUGAUUGAGGCUGGGUUGGCGCAUAAGGUUUUGUUGAUGAGUUAUGCGGCGAAGUUUGCUGGUCCUUGGUAUGGACCUUUCCGUGAGGCCGCCGGCUCAGCUCCAGCAUUCGGCGAUCGUCGAUGUUACCAACUCCCCUCAAACGCUCGUGGUCUCGCCCGCCGCGCCAUUACCCGCGAUCUCUCGGAAGGUGCAGAUAUAAUAAUGGUCAAGCCCGCGGCCAAUUUCCUGGAUAUAAUCAGUGAUGCCAAGCAGGUUUCCCCUGAUACUCCCAUUGCGGCAUAUCAUGUCUCGGGUGAAUAUGCGAUGAUACACGCUGCUGCGAAAGCUGGAGUGUUCGAUCUUAGAAAAGCGGCAGAGGAUGUUAUGACGGGGAUAUUGAGGGCUGGAGCUACUAUUAUUGUUAGUUAUUUUACCCCGGAGUUUUUGGAGUGGUUGGAUGAUUAG